AUGGCGGGAACGCAACUCGAUGCGACGUCCCUGAACGAGAGGAAGUUGCCCAUCAUGGAACUGGUCCAAAGCAGCUUCUCCUCCGAACCUGCGCCGACCAAAGGCUUCAAUCGCGAUUACUUUCAGAGGUAUGGCUUCCACAGACUGCCUGCGUGGUAUAACUCACAGUCAACCAGCACCAUCCGCAAGAUCGGAUGUCUCAAGAACAUCCUACGCCGACUAGCACACCAGUACAUAGGGCAUCCAGGCACCGUUUCAACGGCAGAACGUCAAAGGCUCCGAAGCGGACUUUCUCGCCUAGAUACUGCAGUCAACGCCCACAUCGUAACCCAUGUUAUUGCUCCUCGGUGUCUGACCGUCUGUCUCGCCAUGCAACAAUACCUGCCCCGCGAACUACGCGACAUGAUAUAUAAAUUCGUGUUAGACGCAUCGGAACCUAAUGUCAUCACUACGAAGUGCCACCGAGACCCAGACAUGUCGUCCCAGAUGACCACUGAGUUGAUGCAACAAGCCUGUCUCAAGGAGUAUGGCCAUCUCUUCGACCCUGAAUUUGCCGACUCCACUACCCGCAAGGAGAUGGCUACAUCGUGGUAUCGGUGUACGACAUUCCGUGUCAAUGGCCUCGAGGGCAUACGUGACUUGUUACAGACGAACUGCUGGGGCGUCGGUCGCGACCGCAAUACGAAGUCUCCGGUCAACCAUAUCGUAGUAGGACUAAGAAUCUUCCGCAGCAACAUCUUUUUCUGGGACGACGACAGAAAAGCGCUCAAAGCUGCACUGGAAAUGGCGCCGUCAUUCCGCUUGCGGAACGGUACGCACAUCAAAGUCGUGAUGAAGACUGACAUCGAACUGCUAUACCAGACCCACUACCCUGAUUAUAAUCUUGGGGCUGUCAUGAAGCGUGCUAGUCUCGUCUUUCCGAUGUUGGAUGCUCUGCUUAAAGAUGGACAUCACGUCACGGUCGCUUUUUCCGCUCUGCUUGAGGGACAUGAGGUUGAGAUGGAGACUUUCAGUGUGGAAGCUUGGAAGGAAAUGGCGAGGGCGGAGAUGAAGGCUUUCCUGUGUAUGUUCAAGCAUCGAGGCGGGUGCGGUGUCCAUAAUUGGGCAUGA